GCCAAAUUUGCCGACUUCGCUGAAGCGGUGGAUGUGUGGUUUGUGAAUUUCUAUUCCUUAUUUUCCACACUGCUUCGGGCAGUAAAAAAGCUGCCUAAUACUUGGGUUUAAUCCAUGUUGCGCUAAUUAAACCGAUUUACUUUCUAUUUCUUCGAUUUUUAUAUCGUCAUACGUUAAGUCCAGCCACCAUGGCUCACUGUAUGAGAGUUUUGCAUGGCCAGGGUAGCAGGACAAGAACAGUUCUGUUGGAAAUUCAGCAAAGAUGCUUCAGCGUAUCACCCCUGACCGCAGCAGCGGCCCAGGUUGCUAUGUCCAAAUUCGACAAGGCUCCACUACCUUACGAAAAAUUAACAAAGAAUUUGGAGGUUGUCAAAAAGAGGUUAGGUCGUGACAUGACCUUAUCUGAAAAGGUGCUUUACUCACAUCUGGAUGACCCUAAAGAACAAGAAAUUGAGCGUGGAACCAGUUACCUCCGCCUGCGCCCUGAUAGGGUGGCUAUGCAAGAUGCCACCGCACAAAUGGCUAUGCUCCAGUUCAUCUCCUCCGGGUUACCUCGUGUGGCUGUGCCCUCCACCAUCCAUUGCGACCACUUGAUUGAAGCUCAAAUUGGUGGAGAUAAGGACUUGGCCAGGGCAAAGGAUAUAAACAAAGAAGUAUACAAGUUUCUUGAGACCGCUGGUGCUAAAUAUGGUGUCGGUUUCUGGAAGCCUGGGUCUGGUAUCAUCCAUCAGAUCAUCCUGGAAAACUAUGCUUUCCCUGGUCUGCUCAUGAUUGGUACUGAUUCCCACACACCCAAUGGUGGUGGUCUCGGUGGCCUGUGUAUUGGUGUCGGUGGUGCUGAUGCUGUCGAUGUCAUGGCAAGCAUUCCAUGGGAGCUGAAGUGUCCCAAAGUUAUUGGCGUUAAGCUGACUGGUAAACUAAAGGGCUGGACCAGCCCCAAGGAUGUGAUCCUCAAGGUGGCCGGCAUCCUCACCGUGAAGGGUGGUACCGGCGCCAUCGUGGAGUACCACGGACCCGGUGUCGACUCCAUCUCUUGCACCGGCAUGGCCACAAUCUGCAACAUGGGUGCUGAAAUCGGAGCCACCACCAGUGUGUUUCCCUACAACGCACGCAUGGAAGCUUACCUGAAGUCGACCGGCCGCCACGAUAUCGCUGCAAAUGCCAACUCCUACAAGCACCUGCUCACACCUGACCCGAAGGCUCCUUACGACCAGCUGGUCGAAAUCGACCUGUCGACACUGGAGCCCCACGUCAACGGACCAUUCACUCCGGAUCUAGCGAACCCCAUUUCUAAACUUGGGGCAGUGGCCAAGAAGAACGACUGGCCCAUUGACAUCAAAGUUGGUCUCAUCGGAUCUUGCACCAAUUCUUCUUACGAGGACAUGGGUCGCUGUGCUAGCAUCGUCAAAGAGGCGCUGAAACAUGGCGUGAAGUCCAAAAUUCCCUUCAACGUGACCCCUGGAUCGGAACAAGUGCGCGCCACUAUCGAGCGUGACGGAAUCGCUCAGACCCUCAGGGAAUUCGGCGGAACCGUAUUGGCCAACGCAUGCGGCCCCUGCAUCGGCCAAUGGGACCGCAAGGACGUGAAGAAGGGAGAAAAGAACACGAUAGUGACGUCAUACAAUCGCAACUUCACCGGUCGCAACGACGCCAACCCCGCCACUCAUUGCUUCGUCACCAGUCCGGAACUGGUCACUGCACUGUCCUUAGCUGGUCGUCUGGACUUCAACCCGCUGACCGACGAAUUGACCGGCACCGAUGGCAAGAAGUUCAAGCUGUCGGAUCCAUUUGGAGAUGAAUUACCCGCUAAAGGAUUCGACCCCGGCCAGGAUACUUACGAGCAUCCUCCCGCUGAUGGUUCCAAAGUCCAAGUGGACGUAUCACCCUCGUCUGACCGCCUUCAACUCCUUUCGCCCUUCGACAAAUGGGACGGCAAGGACCUCACCGAAAUGACGAUCCUGAUCAAAGUCAAGGGCAAAUGCACCACCGACCACAUUUCCGCCGCCGGACCGUGGCUGAAGUACCGUGGACACUUGGACAAUAUCUCCAACAACAUGUUUAUUACAGCGACGAACGCCGAAAACAACGAAUUGAACAAAGUCCGCAACCAAUUGACCGGUGAGUUCGGUCCCGUGCCCGCCACCGCUCGCGCUUACAAGGCGGCCGGCACUCGCUGGUGCGUCAUCGGCGACGAGAACUACGGCGAAGGCUCUUCGAGGGAGCACGCAGCCCUGGAGCCCCGUCACUUGGGCGGCCGAGCUAUUAUCGUCAAGUCUUUCGCCCGAAUUCACGAGACCAAUCUGAAGAAGCAAGGCAUGUUGCCGCUCACAUUCGCUAACGCCUCCGACUACGACAAGAUCAGGCCCGACGACAAAAUCUCGCUACUCGGCCUCAAGGACCUCGCCCCCGGCAAGCCUGUCGACUGCGAGAUCAAGCACAAAGAUGGCAGCACAGAGCGAAUCAAGUUGAACCACUCCUUGAACUCACAGCAAAUCUCUUGGUUCAAGGCUGGUUCUGCCCUCAACAGAAUGAAGGAAAUCGCCGCCGGCAAAUGAGCGAACACACUUCGAAAAUCCAAGCGAAACUUGCACUGAUAUCUAGUAAAAUAAUACUUGAACUGAGCCAUUAUAGAACAUAAGUAACUGC